UCUAUUCUGUCGUUCUAUCUAUCUAUUCUAUCUGUCGUUCUAUAGUUCUAUUUUGUUCUGUUUAUCGCUAGUUCUGUCUGUCUAUCGUUCUAUCUAUCUGUCGUUCUAUCUGUCUAUCGUUCUAUCUCUAGUUCUGUCUAUCGUUCUAUCUAUCCAUCUAUUAUUCUAUCUCGUUCCAUCUAUCUCAUUCUAUCGUUCUACCAUUCUAUCUCGUUCUAUCGUUCUAUCAUUCUAUAUAUCUAUCGUUCUAUCUAUUUGUCUAUCGUUCUCUCUAUCGUUCUGUCUAUCGUUCUAUCAUUCUAUCGUCCUGUCUAUUUGUCUAUCAUUCUGUUUGUCUAUCUGUCGUUCUACCUGUCUAUCGUUCUAUCCUUCUACAUAUUGUUUUAUCUUUCUAUCUAUUGUUCUGUCUGUCUAUAGUUCUAUCGUUCUUUCUAUCUGUCCAUCAUUCUAUCUAUCGUCUGUUCUAUCAUUCUAUCGUUCUAUUUGUCUAUCGUUCUAUUUGUCUAUCUAUCUUACAUUCUGUCUGUCCAUCAUUCUGUCUUUUGUUCUGUCUGUCUUUCUGUCUAUCAUCUAUCUAUCUAAUGUUCUAUCUGUCUAUCAUUCUAUCUCUAGUUCUAUCAUUCUAUGUAUCCAUCUAUUAUUCUAUCUCGUUCCGUCUAUCAUUCUACCAUUCUGUCUAUCUCGUUCUAUCUACCGUUCUAUCCUUCUAUAUAUUGUUUUAUCUUACUAUAUAUCGUUCUGUCUGUCUAUAGUUCUAUCUAUCUAUCGUUCUAUCUGUCUAUCAUUCUAUCUAUCUAUUUAUCUAUCUUACGUUCUAUCUGUCCGUCAUUCUGUCUUUCAUUCUGUCCAUCAUUCUGUCUUUCAUUCUAUCUGUCUAUCUAUCUAUCGUUUGCUCAAUCAUCCUAUCUAUUUAUCUCUUAUAAAUUCUUUGCAUUUGUAAUAUCUUGAAUCUUGAAUGAGCAUGAAAAGACAUACCUGAUUCCUGAGGGGAAAUUCAGGGAGUGAGUCACAUCACCUUGUGUCACCUUGUCUCCCAUCCUUCCUGGCCCUUAAGACCUGGUGUCAGACCUGGGAUGUGGAUGGAUUAUCCGAGCAGACCCCUGUGCAUGUUUAAACACUGUAUGACAGGAACUCAAUCAGAACUUGAAACUCUGCGAUGAGUCAGUCGUACGCCGUCUGUCACAUUCUCUGCUCCGAUCACCCCGAGGGAGACCUCCUCUGUAAUUAACACUGCAGUCAGGCUGGAGUGUUUGCACAGUUUUUUUCCCUCUGGGCCAGUGUGCAUCUUGUGUGGGUCAGGGGUCACAAACGACUGAUGUGAGGCCACAGUGGCCACUUUUUACAGCUUAGAGGAAAUUAGCUAGACAUUGACUGGUUUAAUAAAACAUGCUCAUGAUAUUGGGGUCAUUGGAGUUGCCAUGUCUGAAAAAAAAAAAUUUAAUUCACAGAAUAUCGCAUGCAUGUACAUUAAAUAUCUACAAUGAUCCAAUUUAGACAGCUAAUGGCACAAUAAAUGUCUCAAAAAUGUACAAUGUCUUAAAAGCUGAUCUCUUUUGCUAGAUAUGCUACCGUUCAAAUAUUUGUGAUCAGUAAGAUUUAUUGUUAUAGUUCUUUUUUGUUGUUGUCAUUGUAAGAAACUAAUACUUUUUUUUUAGUAAUAAUGCAUUAAAUUGUUCAAAAGUGACAGUAAAGACAUAUAAAAUGUGUCUUGAUUUCCACAAAAAUAUUAAUCAGCUGUUUUCAACACUGAUAAUAAUCAGAAAUGUUUCUUGAGCAACAAUUCAGCAUAUUAGAAUGAUUUCUGAAGGACACUGAAGACUGGAGAAAUGAUGCUGAAAAUUAAAAUAAAUUCCUUAGUGCUGAAACAGUUUUCUCUCUUUUCUUUAAUUAGAAUUUCAGCAUAACACUUGGUCAUGACACUUUUGAAGCUGCUGGAUAGCGUCAAAUUUACGCAUGUGAAAUAUAGCUGCUUUUUUUUUUUUUUUUUUUUUUUUUUUGGGAGAAAAGUAGACGCCAUCCCACAGGGGUCAACAGUGUUUGAAGAUGAUAAUUGGCACUGAGCUCAUCUUCCACAUGCUCUCCCCCCAAUGGAACCACAAUGAGGAAAGUGUUUGAGGACUUGGGAGGUCAGAGUGUGUGCUUGUUUUAAGACAGGGAGGGGAGAUCUGGUGUGGAACAUAAAUUGUGAGGAAGAGGAGGAGGAAGGUUUCAGAGAAUGAGUUGCAGACGUUCAGAAGCUCUGUGAUUGAACUGAAGAGAAAGCAGACCAUAUCAGGUUCACCAAGACCAGGACUUCACAGUAGAGGACCUACUAGAGAAGAUACUUCAAGAGAAGACGUGCCAAUAGAUAAAAGUUAUGGUGCACAUCUGCAGACUGCUUGUGCUGAUGGGGAUGUUGCUGUGUCUAGGUGCCCAGUUUGCCAGCUCUCAGCACUGGUCUCAUGGCUGGUACCCUGGAGGAAAGCGAGAGAUAGACAUUUACGAUACCUCAGAGGUUUCAGAGGAAAUUAAACUCUGUGAGGCAGGAAAAUGCAGCUACCUGAGACCCCAGGGAAGAAACAUUCUGAAGACAAUACUGCUGGAUGCCCUCAUACGGGAUUUCCAAAAGAGAAAGUGACACCAAGAUGACGCAUCAGCCCGUGUCCAAAGAAACGACCUUUCCAGCAAACACAUUAGGAUCGCAUUUCCAUUCAAAAUAUAUGAAUAUAAAUAUAAAUAUAU